GCGCCCUGCCACCACGCUGCCUGCUCUGCCCGCUGCGUGACGCCGAGCCGCGACUACGGUGCUUCGAAGGAUACCGCGAAGUACUGCUGCUUCUUCCGCCAUGAAGGUGAUAACAUCGCUGCUGGCGGUCUCCUGCUUCCUGGGGGUGCUGGCCCGAGGCAGCUGCUCGUCUGCGGACGCGCCGCAGGGCCCGGUGUUCCUGCAGGAGCCGCCGCACCGCGCAGACUUCUCCAACUCCACGGGGGUGGCGCUGCAGUGCUCCGCCCACGGCAAUCCGCCGCCGAGGAUCUCGUGGCUGGUGUCUGACGGCAGCGAGGCUCUGGACGUGCCCGGGCUGCGGCAGCUGCUGGACAACGGCACGCUGCUGCUGGCGCCCUUCUCGGCAGACCAGUACCGGCCAGAGGUGCACAGCGCCGCCUACCGCUGCGCCGCCCGCAACCCGGUGGGCACCAUCGUCAGCAGGAGAGUGCAGAUCCGGGCUGGCUACCCUCCAGAGGUGUUAGAGGUGGUUCAACUGGAGACUGCACAGACCACCUGA